GCUUUCCAGUUGGGAUGAUUCUUUUGCUGAUUAUUGAUAUACGGUAUAUUUUCCGCUUACGAGACCAAGGCCGAGGUUUGGACAGAACGGGAUGAUAGCUAUAUGUGUUGCCUUAUUAGGUAUGGCAGAUAUUUAGAUAUAUUUGUACCACGAGCCAUUGUAUACGAAAUACCUUGUAUGCGCUGGUUACUUAUGUGAUACGGAUCUGAUAUGUUGAGUAAUUUAGAAAAUUUUGAUAUAGUUCGAGACCUUAUAUCUUUGGAUAAUGACUGAUGGAACCAUCAACAGCAUGAACAUUCCACAACACAAGAUCGAGUUUGUGCGUCGAGACUAAUAACCGAACAUCGUACAGACCGGAGAAAAGACCGUUGCUAAUCCUAGAAGUGUUAAGAAAUGUACAGGAUGCAGCGACAGAUCUGCCGAGGGUUCCCCCGAUUCCAACCCCCCCCUACGUCCUCCCACGGUGCCGCUUCUUGUUGGAGAACUGGUAACGUGGAUGCGGUGCGGAGUCUGGAGAAGCUCCGAAUAAGAGGAUGGGAUGUUCGCAAUCAGUCGAUAUGUCAACUUUACCGAGCUCCCGGGAACCAGAAGAGGACUCUGAUUUGAUUUGAAGGGAGCUUAUUAUGGCUACGCAGGCUGCCUCAGGGAUAAUCCCCUCGAUACAGGAGAAAUAUAGCGGCGUGCCAGUGCGACUGAAGCAAGAAGCUCAAACUGCACGAGAUCGCCUGCUAUCGAAUCGCACGCUACCGGUUAGCCGCCCGAGGAAGAAUCCGGUACGCCUUCCGCCGGACGUGUCUCUGGAGGAUUUUGAAGCAGCUAUCAAAGAGCUGAGAGGGGCGAUAGGAGACGAAAAUGUCGAAGUGAAUGAUAAACCGUUGGUAGAUGGAUGGUAUAUGCAGCAUCCGAAUACCCACGAUGCUUUCCACAUCACGGAUCAGGAGGAGCUUGUAAGCAGCGCGGUCGUGUAUCCUGGGUCGACGGAGGAAGUCCAGACUACGGUGCGAUGGGCCAAUAAGUUCGGCAUUCCGAUUUACCCCAUCUCCAUCGGCAGAAACCUGGGUUACGGCGGUGCUGCGCCCCGGAUCCCGGGAGGCGUAGUUGUUGACCUCGGCAAACGGAUGCAUGCGAUUCUAAAUAUCGAUGCCGAGAAUGCGAGCUGCCUCGUCGAACCUGGAGUCACGUACUUCCGGCUCUACGAGGAAAUCCAAAACAGGAAACUCCCGUUAUGGAUCGAUACACCUGAUCUGGGCGGUGGUAGCGUGUUGGGCAAUGCGAUUGAUCGCGGAGUUGGAUAUACGCCAUACGGCGAUCAUUUCGCGAAUCGCUGCGGUAUGGAAGUCGUCUUGCCUAACGGCGAGUUAUUGCGUACUGGCAUGGGCGCUCUGCCCGGUCCAGAGGGGGCAGACAAUCCUACAUGGCAGUCAUUCCAACAUGCCUUCGGCCCAUCGAUCGACGGCAUAUUCUCGCAGAGUAACUUCGGCAUCGUUACUAAGAUGGGAAUGCAGUUGAUGCCGGAGACGGAACAUCAGUCUUACUGCUUCACAUUCCCGCGCGAUGGCGACUUCGAGCAAAUCGUUGACCUUAUCCGGCCGUUGGCGCAGAAGGGAAUAUUGGGGAACAUCCCGCAACUGCGCCAUGUAAUCCAGGAACUCAACGUUACCGGCCGACGAAAAUCGGACUUUCACGAUGGUUCGGGCCCCAUGACACGCGAAGAGGUCCGAGCUGCGGCUGAGAAGUUGCCCUUGGGUGACUGCUCCUGGGUCUUCUACGGCACGCAAUAUGGACCGUCUGCAUCCAUUGCGGCACAGCUAGAAGUUAUCAAGACGGCGUUUUUCAAGAUUCCCGGCUCGAAGUUCUUCUUACCCUCUGAUCUUCCAUCUGACCACUACUUACACGACCGCUCGUUAGUUUGCAGUGGCAUUCCUGUCCUCCGCGAGCUCGACUGGCUAAAUUGGCUACCGAAUAGCGGACAUCUAUUCUUCAGCCCCAUAGCCCCGACGCGUGGUAAGGACGCACGCACUAUCCACGAGAUAAUCGUCAAGGCGCAUGAACGUCACGGUUUCGACCUGUUUCCUACGCUCUGCGUGGCAGGUCGCGAGAUCCAUUACAUCACGAACAUCAUAUACGACAGGGCCGACGCGGACAUGAAAGCUUCCGCGGUCAAGCUCAUGAGAGAGAUGAUCAAGGAAUGCGCGGACAAGGGGUUCGGCGAGUAUCGCACGCACCUUCUUUUCGCCGAUCAAGUAGCCGGGACCUAUAGUUGGAAUAACUCGGCGUUUAUGCGCUUCAAUGAGACGAUUAAGGAUGUGUUGGACCCGAAUGGGAUUUUGGCCCCGGGUCGCAACGGAAUCUGGCCGAAGAGAUUUAGAGGAAAAGGAUGGGAAUUGAAGGCUGAUGAUACUGAUCUGUCAUCGAUUGGGCCGCGCCCCGAGAAAUAGCAAUACCAAUAAGUAGUAAUUAACUCUAGCAAAAAGUAACAGAUAGGGGUAUCAAUUACUCGCCUGCAAUAUUCGAUCGU